GCGGGUGCAAGGGCGGCAAAGCGGCGAGAACGUUAGAACAUGGCGGAGACAGGAGGGGGCGGGUGGCUGACUCUUGUAAAAAGGAAGAAAUAGCGCUAUUUAAUACAGAUUUUUAAAUAAUUAUUAAUUACACAGUUGACCACCGUUCUGGAGGAUGGACCGUGUUUAGACGUGGGCAAAGGUUUAAGCUGAAUGCAUUGUGAUUUCCAAUAAUUGAGACAGUGAUUUCUAAAAAGCUGUCUACAUUAAUGAAAAGAACAAUGUAGUCGGCUUAGCGUGCUCAAGCGACCGAGUGUUUACGUCCCUCUGGUGUUUUUAGCCAUAUGUUUGGGGCUUUGGUUAGUUUUUAGACACAUUUCUUGUAAGCAGGGUCAGUUGUAUGUGUAUAUAUUAUAUAUUGUUAAUUGGAUGAUGGAUGUCAGUGAGUUUGUGCCUCCACUCCCUCUGGAGCCUCCUGAUGAUGAAAUGUCAGGAAACGGUAAUUGUAAAGCUCCUCCACCACCUCCCCUGCAAACGUCCAGUGACGCCGAGGAAAUGGACGUUAGCUCCGGCGGUGAUGGACCCUCGCUCGCGCCGGCCGAGGACGCCGACGUUCCGCUACUCACCAAGGGCUCGGCGUCUUUGAGUGGUCGCGCAUUACACGGUGACUCGUGCCCGGGCACCGGGCGCCACGCCCCACCCGUCACCUCCUUCCUCCCCGACCUUAAGCUUCUCCGAGACGUUAAGAUCAGCGUCAGCUUCGGAGGAGACGGCGGCGGCGCCAGCAGCAAGGGCAAAGACAGAAAGGUGUUAUACACGGGACAGGGUCAGAUAGAUGAGCAGCAGCUAGAGAACGGGAAGGCACAGGGUAGUGCAGGAGAGGGAACGGGGCAGGGAGACGUGAGCAUAGAACCCGAGGCCGAGCAGGAGAACAAGGUGGAGUUCGCCGUACUGGACGAGCUGGAGGAUUACAACGAGAACUUCCUGGAGGCUGAGGAUGGAGAGGAGAGCGAGUAUACGUCUGAGAUGAUCGUUCAGCAGCAGCAGGCCAACGACGAGGACCAUGUUUACUCCUAUGAGGACGACUUUGACAAUGAUGUAGAUGCACUGUUAGAGGAAGGCAUGCCGGUGCCCAAGAAGAUGCGUCUGGCCGAGGAUAAAUACGCAGCUGACAGCGAUCACCAGUCUGAUGCGGAGCAGGGUGUCCAGCCCAUGAUCACCAAAAUUAAGACUGUUCUCAAGAGUCGAGGGCGUCCGCCUACAGAGCCUCUUCCUGACGGAUGGAUCAUGACAUUCCAUAACUCUGGCAUUCCAGUCUACCUCCACCGGGAGACCCGAGUCGUUACCUGGUCCAGACCUUAUUUCCUUGGAACUGGAAGCAUCAGGAAACACGACCCUCCGACCAGUAGCAUCCCCUGUUUGCACUAUAAAAAAAUGAAGGAACAAGAAGAAAGGGAGCAGAACGGAGAAGUGACGCCUAACGUGUCUCCGGUUAAAGAUGGUGAGGAGAGAGAACCGCUGGAGAGAACCGAAGAACCCGACUCCACGGCUCCGGAGGGAGUGUGUGACGAGUCGAACCCGGACGCUACGGACAACCAGCCUGAGGGAAAAGAUGGCCAGGGGGCUGAGAUGGCACAGGGUGCUCUGGGGCAGGUCAAAGCCAAGGUGGAGGUGUGCAAAGACGAGUCUGUCGAUAUCGAGGAGUUCCGCAGCUACCUCGAGAAGCGCUUCGACUUUGAGCAAGUGACUGUGAAGAAGUUCCGCACGUGGGCGGAGCGACGGCAGUUCAACAGGGACAUGAAGAGGAAGCAGGCGGAGUCGGAGAGGCCCAUCCUCCCGGCCAAUCAGAAGCUCAUCACGCUGUCAGUGCAGGACGCGCCCACUAAGAAAGAGUUUGUCAUCAACCCGAAUGGAAAGUCAGAGGUUUGCAUCCUACAUGAAUAUAUGCAACGAGUGCUCAAAGUCCGACCAGUUUACAACUUUUUUGAAUGUGAAAACCCAAGUGAACCCUUCGGAGCUUCGGUUAUUAUAGACGGAGUCACGUACGGCACGGGAACCGCGAGUAGCAAAAAACUCGCCAAGAAUAAAGCUGCUCGAGCUACGCUGGAGAUCCUCAUCCCUGACUUUGUGAAGCAGACGGCUGAGGAGAAGCCGGUCGAAGGGGAUGAACUGGAGUAUUUUAACCAUAUCAGUAUUGAAGACUCGCGGGUGUAUGAACUGACCAACAAAGCAGGCUUACUGUCACCUUACCAGAUCCUUCACGAGUGCCUUAAGAGAAAUCAUGGGAUGGGGGACACCAGCAUCAAGUUUGAGGUCAUCCCAGGGAAGAACCAGAAGAGUGAAUACGUCAUGACGUGUGGAAAACACAGCGUACGUGGGUGGUGUAAGAACAAGAGAGUGGGAAAACAGCUGGCCUCUCAGAAGAUCCUCCAGAUGUUGCACCCUCACGUGAAGAACUGGGGUUCUCUCCUGCGCAUGUACGGCAGAGAGAACAACAAGAUGGUGAAAAAGGAAAAUUCAGAUAAGAGUGUGAUCGAGCUGCAGCAGUAUGCCAAAAAGAACAAGCCUAACCUCCACAUUCUGAACAAACUCCAAGAGGAGAUGAGGAAACUGGCUAGAGAGAGGGAGGAGACGCGAAAGAAGCCCAAGAUGACGGUGGUGGAGUCGGCGCAGCCCGGCAGCGAGCCCCUGUGCACCGUCGACGUCUAGAGGAACCUUCACCUUCGACCCACCCACACUGAAAAACAAAGGAAAGAAGCACUGAAGGUCACUCCAUCAUGGUUACACCUAAAAAUAAAGCGAUAAAUUAUGCAGUUAGCGCGACAAGGCAAUACCAGCUCCUCACAGACACCAAGGUUCAGUCCUGACCCGGAUCAGACCCGUAGUAAUCCCCUGCACUAGCGGGUGACCGGGUGAAGCGUCAUCGCACACGUCCUGAUGCAUUCUCUACACCAAUCCCGCCGUCACUCAUUAACAAGAAAGGAAAAAAACAAAUGAAGCGUGGCGUCUGAAUGCUUGCGUCUGUGGAUUUUAAACGUUGUGGCUGCUUUUGUUUUGUUUGUUUUUUUAAAUUUAUAUUUAGAUUGAUUUAAUAAAGGUUUUUUUUCCUGAUGGAUAUUUCUUUCCGUAUUUACUUUUAUGGAUUUAGGUGAAAACUUCUUUUAGACUUCUGCUGUAGAAUUUUUAUUAUUUUUUGUUUGUUUGUUGAGAGUCCAUGGUACGAUAACGCAUCAGCGGUGAAUGAAACCGGUUUCAACCGGAUCUGAGUCCACUGUGUGUUGGGUUUUUGCACAUUCGUGAAUUAUUGUCUAGAAUUUUGAGCAGCAUAAAAGAUCGGUUUUAGUCGAGAGAAGGGUUUAGGAAAAUAUAAAAAAAAUUCUCGGACCUGCCAACCUUUAACAUGGACGAACACUAGGUUACUAAAAAAUAUAUAGAAAAUUAUUUUCUUUCCCCCUCAGAUUUCUUUUAUGAAUUAUCUGUAUGAGGAAAAAUUCAAAUCUUUUGCUUAGUUUUUUUAAAUGAAUUUUUGUGCAGCUUUUUCUUCGUUUUGGAUAAAAGAAAGCUCUGAAGUGUGGGUGAAAGUCUUUAAAAUACUCUGUUUUGAAGACUUUUUGACCUUAAACUCAUAACCGGUGUUGGUGUCUCAUGUGACUGAGUUGAAAAAUAUUUAAAAAGGAGCAGAAAACCGAAUCAGAUUAGCGAUACGUAAAUAGCUGUCAAAAUAUUGAAACCAGUAGAUUCGCCGAAUUAAAUCCAACCCCACUUUCCUCAGUCCUGCUAACGGCAGUCAGCGAUUCUCACCGUCAGGAACUCGUGAUGUGUAGGAGGAACGCUUGAUCUCCUCUGUUGUGUUCAAUUAUUUUUACAGAUUUUCUAUGCUAAUCUUUCAGAAUGGAACAUUUAAAUGAAUACGUACCGUUCUUUCCCUUUCGCUGUAGCAUUCAGAUCCAUCCAACUCCGCUAAACCCUGAACUCUGCCUCAAAUCGCACUCUCGUGAACGUUUCUUAGCGCGUUAUGGAGCAUUAGCGCUUGCCACUUGGUGAGCGUCGUAUUCAGACUUCCCAAAAGCUGUGUUUCAGAUCAUGACGACAAUCACGACAGCAGAAAGGAGUCUGAAGAGACUCGGAGUCUGACUUGCACUUAGACAGAUGUCUCUUUAAAUUUUCCGAGACGUACAUCAGAAUGCACGUGAACUGUAAUGUUGCUCACGUUUUUCCGCAGAAUCAUGCAGAAGGUAUAAAACGAGCUGCUCUGCUCGGUGUUGGUUAUUUUCCUGGAACAACACAACACUGACCUCUAGACUGGAUAAUCAGUACAGAGAACCUUCAUUACGCACACCUAUGUUAAAAGUCGUAUGUUGUACAUCGCUCUUGACCACUAGUGGUCACUGUUGGGUCAAAAAGCUUUGAAUCUUUUCAGAUACAUUUGGGAGGAAAGUUUUGACAGGCAUGCAUUCAUUACUGACCAUGUUUAAACCGCUCUUGACCACUAGAGGUCACUGUUGUGUUCAAAAACUUGAAAUCAUUGACAAUAUUUAGAAGGAAAGUUCUGACAGACGUGUACCUCACUGACCAUGUUAAAGGUUGUAUGUUAUACACUUCUUAUGACCACUAGAGGUCACUUGGGUUAAAAAGCUUUGAAUUUUUUCCCGGUGCAUUUAGAAGGAAAGUUUGGUUCGGUCAUCGCUCCAUCCUGGUUCCUGACCCCUGUGUGGUUUCCUCCUCAGGGUUGGCAGGUCUGAGAGCAGAAUUGCGCCAAGGUCUUCUUUUUUUCUUUUAGGGAAAGGCAGGAUAAUACAUAUCAGCGAGCAGGCAGGGAAAACAACACAACGCUGCUCGAACCAAGAGUCUUGCUUUUUUUUUUCCUUUUAGCCUUUAGCACUGCAGAGAAAGCACAAGGGCUUGGAGCAUUAAAGCCUUCUCUCGCAGAGGAACUGUUACAGAGACUUAAAUAAAAAAAUAAAAAAAGAGAUGUUUGAUAUGUGGCGCUUACGUUCUGUGCCAUUUCUCACGCAUAGGAGACGAAGUGAAGCUACCUAGUCCUGUGUGUGAGAGAGAGAAUAAAAUCCUGCUGUCUCCAGCAUGACUUAGAUUUCAGCCACUUGAAUGUAAAGUGUGUGUGUGUUAGUACUUUUUGGGCAUGUAAACAUUUUAUUUCAGAGAGCUCUGAUCAAAAAAAAUAAAUUAAAGAGAAGGUACGAACCAAAGCUUAACGUCUUAUGCAGUUUUUUAGUAUGUAGAUCGCUUCAGGAUAUUUUUAUCACGGUGUGUGUGUUUGUGUAAACGUAGACAUGAGGAGGGAAGAAAACAACAACGCAAUAACUGCUGGAAUUACAGUGUGAGGGGUUUGUUGGUGGUGGUGUUGCUUUUCCUGAAUGUUUUGUGUGUGUGUGUGUGUAUGAACACAAAGCCGCCGUCACCGCUUCGAGAAUGUGCUGCUUCAUCAUCAACGCUUCUCGGCCCGUCCUGUCGCUCUCUGAAGGGGAGUGUGUGUGUUUGCUGUGAAGAAACUUCUCACGACACCCCAUGGUUUUAUUCUUUUCGGUUUGGAAAAACGCUGCCUAAAAAAAUAAGUUGGUCAUGUGACUUGAUCGCUGAGGAUCAGUGAUUUCUUUAUGCAAAUGAAUAAAGGUGUGAUGAUGUAACCAGACGUUUCU